UUAAUCGUACCCAAUCAAGCAUCAGCUACGCACUCUUUAAUAUAAGAAAAAUAAGUUACGCCCACAUACUGCUCAAUAUAAUAGAGCAACCGACCCCGCAUCGGCAAAGGCAUCGUAAAGCCAUACAAGUACGUCCGCAUCCCAUCAAGAUGAAGUUGUGCGUGGUUGUCUUCGUUCUUGCCACUCUACUAUCGGUUGCCUUCUCCGAAUGCCCGGGAGAGCUGAAAUUCCUUGCGAUUAUGGGAUGUGCGCUCGAAGCGAAGGAAGAUCCUAAGCUCCAAGCCGCCUUCGGGGACAAGGAUUUAUCAAACCCUGCUUUCGUUAAGGCAACAUGCUGUGCGCGGGACGCAAUAGAGACGUGCAUGCGGUCCGCCCUGGAGGGUGAAUGCGCACCCUAUGCUGAUGAAUUGGUCGACAGUUUCAACUCCGAGCUGAAGAAAGAAUUUGGCGACCUGUCCUGCGACUUGGAAUGCUAAGAAGCAAACCGCACGGAUAGUAACACGGUGCAUGAAAUAAAUUGCUGCACUUGA